GCUCCCAGUGUGCAGGGGCCCAGUGUGCAGGGGCCCGGCAGCGAGCUGCUGGUGUGUCUGUUCUGCCCCGAGUCCGUCCCCCUGCGGCAGAAAGACGUCCUCCUCAAACACCUGCUGCUGGAGCACAAGCUGGUCAUCGCAGACGUCAAACUGAUCGCAGACCUGCCAAAAUCUCAGGUUCUACCAGCAGGUCAAACUGGUGAACUUCAUCCGGCGGCAGAUCCACCAGAGUCGCUGCUACGGCUGCCAGGAGAAGUUUGACUGCAGAGACGCCGUCCUCCGUCACAUCGCGGCUGAAGGUCACAUGAUGAAGCUGCCGGACGUGUCGACCUGGAACCAGCCGCAGUAUUACUUCCCCACAUACGAGAACGACGCCCUCCUCUGUACCCUGUCCGACAGCGACGAGGAUCAAAGCCAAGAGACGAAUCACAGCGAGGACGUCCCGGUCAUCGCAGAGGACAUCUCCAACCUCAGAGCGCUAAAACAGAGCAGCGUCCUCAACCAGCUGCUGAAGAACAGAGGCUCCUGCAGCUAGGACCACGGACAGUUGGGACACCAGGACUGUUGGUGCUCCAUCCGUCAGUUGGAAGAUAAACGGACAGCACUGCGUUUUCCUGCAAAGAACUAAUAUCAGUCAUUACGCACCCUGAACUCGCACUUUAAAAGCUGCCAGAAGCCUUUUCAGAAGUGCAGCUGCGGCUCAGAUGUUCCAGUUCAACCUUUACUUGCUACUAAUUUCCAUUCAAGCAAUAAAGAUAAAUACAAACAUG